AUGCUGCUGCGUCCUGCUAUCCAUGCUCGUCUCGCCGCGCGCGCAGCGAAACCCUCGACACUCUUUCCUACGCACGCAUCCUCUUCCCGCCUCGCCCACGCUGCUGCCACCGUCCAACGCCUCAAUGUCCCUCACGGCGCGGUCGUGACGGUCACGCGGUCUGCAGAUGGCAAGACCAUCUCAAUCAGCGUCGUGAACGGGGGCAAGGCAGAGGAGCAUUCGGGCAAGGAGGAGGACCCGCUUUCGAGCGCGAGGGCCAACCAUCCGGCACACCUCGAACAGGCAUCUCCAGCUACGACCCACAUGGCGACGCAUCACGACGUCGGACAAUUCAUAGUGGACGCUCGACGGAAGAAACGCGCCUCGAAACUUGACGUAGCCGACACCGUCGAGGCAAAACCCGCCUCUGAUCCUACGGCCGCCAACCCAGCACCUUUGGAGCCAGCAGCGGUAUACGGGGCCAAAUGCCUCGACCCAAAGUCGAGCGUCACCGAGCCGAGUGAAAGGAGGAACCUUGGAACGCUCGAAGUUGAGGCGACAGCAUCAACAUCUGCUCCGGUUACCGAAAGUCCCGUCGCCAAGCGCAAGCGGUGCAGGUCUCGCCCAGUAGGCUUCGAGAGGAGCAAGUCGGCGACGGAGCAGCAACGGCCCGCAUCCGACAUCCAGCUUCACCGGCUCCUGCGCCAAGCAACGCUGCAUUCGAUCGAUUUCGCCCGAGCUGACUCGUGGUUGAGUACCAUCUCGGGCGAUGAGCGGAUCAACAUUCGGGAAUCAAGUUUAGCAGAUUCUCCAGCAACUCGACCCGCCUGCGACAAGCUCAUCAUCGAGAUCGACGGCGUUGAGUUGCGGGCCAUCGAGGACGCCCGAGGCGUCACCGUCAGGCAGGUCGUCGAUGCGGUGGCGGCGCAUUGGGACUCGACAGUCAGCGGCGUCGAGAAGGCCUCCCUGGCGAAAUACUGGCCGGGUCCCGUCAGCGCGUCCAAGACGUACAGGGAGCAGUUGGAGGACAGCGAAGUCAAGUGGGUACAGAUUGAGGACCUGGGAGACGGCGCAGUCCGUCUGGUAGCUCAGAAGGUGUGA